UGUGUGUUUCAUAUGGAACGUUUGUAAAUACUGCAUUGAGAUUUUAGAUUUGAUAUUACUACAAGAUCUACACGACUUAGAUCUAAAUCAAAUGAUGCAUUUAUUCAUUAUAAAGAGCCUGUUUUUGUUUACCUUGCUUUUAAACUUAAAUGAAUCAGAUGCUGUUCUUGAGUGGCUUUUUGGUGACGGGACGGAUCAAGCAAAUCAAGAUCAUUCAACAGAAAAUCAAAAUGAAAAUCCCAUUCGUUUUGAAGUAUUGUCAGCUGAUGAGAAGUUUUUGGAUUAUGCUCGCACGCUAAGUGACAUGUCUCCACUCGAUGCUUGUUACAAUAUUGUGAUAUAUCAUUUGAAAAAAAAAUGUGGUGAACUAACAGAAGAAGAAUUGGGGAAGCUCUCAGUACAACUACUAAAUUGUCAGUCAGAGGCAGAAAAUAGGCCAGUAUAUCCUUGCACCACAUCUAUGAGUCUAGCAGACUGCACAAAAAAAAUGGAUGGAACCACAUGGAACAGUUAUCAAAUUGUUGGGAACAGGGCUCGGGCAAUGUGCUACGCUACGCAGCAGCUGCAGUUCCGCAGGCUGACAGAGAUCACAGUGAACCAGCUGGUCUCUGCAGCCACAGAUCAAAUCCAGUCUCUAAAUGAUCUUAAGACCGGUCAAGAGCAGUUACAAUCCUUGACCUCUGAGACUGUGAGGAAACUGUAUGAGAGCCAGCAAGACCUCCUGUCCACCCAGCAUGCCUUAAGAGAGGCACACGAUGAUGUGUUCAAACACAUAGCUGUCAACGUGAAGGAAAUUUUACAUGAAAAAGCUCUCAUUGCCUCAGGGAACAAGGAACUUGCAACUUUAACAGAAAAUAUAAAGCAAAAACUAGAUAUUACAUCACAGCAAAUUCAAGAGAGAGAAAGCAUUGAGCAUAAAAAACAUGAAAGGAUUUUAAAAGAUUUAAAAGAUAUUCAAGACAAGACAGAGAUUUCCAUCAAACAAUUUGAGCUAAGUCUUGAAAAGCUGUUGAACAAAUAUGAAGAGUUAGAUGGCCAGUAUUCUGGGAUGUCUGUGAACCUGAACAAAAUGAACGUGACCAUUCAUGAACUCAUGUCUUCUGUGUUGACAAUGAGUCAACACCUUGGGGAUAAGAUCCAGUGGAUAACUAAACUAUUGGACGGAGCUGACUUUAAACUGUCCAGCAUUUCCUGCUGCCUACUACACAUGGCCUACUUUUUCCUACUGGCGGUGACUGCAUCAUUCCUUCAGUUUUCUGUGCCAGUCCGUCUCAUUAUGAUGGUCGUCAUUGUGGGUAAUGUUGCAGCUGAACUCAGUUAUGGACAGAGCAUGGAUUUUGCGGGUUUAACUGUAUUUUUGUUUACUGUGUAUUUUGGAUUCAGAUUAACAAUUUACUGCGGACAGAGAUUUAAUGUCAAAACCCAUGCGUUAAACCCUUUUAAGGCGCUCUCACCCAUUAGACCUACUCAGCUGAAACCUCUCUCACGGCAUGAAGUUAAUACAUUGAUGGAACUUCUGCAAAGAUUUUCAGCAACUGUCUCGGAGCAACAAAACUAUUCACCUUCGCCACCAGUCACACAGAAUGGAACAGUUAUCCAUGAUACCAGUUUUCGCCCUAGCACCCCACCUCGUGGAAUAAAUGUAUCCAGAAAUAUUCAAGAGACAACCAUACCAGAAGCCUUAGAUAUAAGUGUAUUUGAGAACAGAGACCAGUUUCGGAGGUCAUUAAUUAAUCAGCUAGGACCAGUCUCAAGAGCUUCCUCAAGGUCAUCAACUCCUCUAGGCAAUGAUUCCAGGUCAUCGACCCCAUCAGUGUCAUCUCGAUGCCUGGGGACAACAGUUGCAGGCACUCAGUGCAGACUUCCUGCAAACGCUGGCUCAGAUUAUUGUCGCAGACAUGCACAAAGAUAGCACGGGUCUAUUGCUUAUGUUUGAAUGUUAAAUCUCGGUUGCUUCAACUGCAGCAUUAAAAAAAAAUGCAAUUUUAUUUAAAUUGAAUUGAUAUUUCUAUAAGAAAGCUGUUAUUAUUUACAUAGUUUGGACUAAACCACUCAGUAUAGAACUACAGUAGGCACAUCUCUUACUCUAUGAUAUUAUGUAUUGUAAGUGUACAGUGAUUUACAUUUGAGUAAAAAAAUUCACAAUUUUUUUCUAAUUAUCUCAACAAUUCUAUAAAAUAACUCACUGUUUUUUUUUUAUUUACCUAUUUAUUUUUUUAAAAAUUCUUUUUACUAUUCUUGUAAAAAUAUUUCCCAUUUCUGUACACAAAACUUUUAUAUUGAGGAAUUUUUUUUACAUCUACCACCUUUUGUUCUACCACCUUUUUAAAAAAAUUAAUUUUUGUAUUGAACUUUUGAAGUUGGAUUUUAACAAUGCUCUCAUACAAAUCGCAUCUAAAUUUGUUAAAAAAGUAGUGCUGUAAAUUACCUUGUGUUCUUAAUUACCUUGUGUUUCUGUUCUAUUUUGCAUGAGGAAUUUGGGUGAUUAUACUUUAGUGUGAUGGAUGUUACAAUUGUAAAUAAAAACUAAACCUGUGUUGUUUAUGGAAAGAUUUUAUUGUUUUAAAAUUGUAUAUAAUUAAUUUAUCAUAAAAUUCAUAUAAUUUCUAAUCUUAUAUUUAAUUUACUGUUUUAUGUCACUUAAUAUUUUUUUUAUAAUUGUAUAUAUGCUUUGGAGAGUUUGGAGAGUUGAAGGUAUGCUAACUGCAAAAUGUUUUUGAUUAUACGAAGAUUCUGGUUAAAGUAAAUUAGCAUGGAAAUCUGAUCAAGAUCUUGGAAUAUUGCAUUAUUAUAAUUAUAAUUUAAUACUGAUAGUUUCAGAAGUUCACAGUAGUCUUUCUAUAUCAUGGCAUUAUUUUAAAACAACUUAUUUAUAAGAUUUACACCUAUAUGUCUUUCUUUCUACAUUAUGUUAUCCCAUGCUUGUAGUAGCAUUGUUCAUGAAAUAAUUUUGUUUUCACUCGCAGGCCUGUUUAUAAGGUAGAUUUAAAUUGAGUUUUAUUUUAGUAGAUUUAAGAAGCAAGAAUAGUAGCUGCCUUAGUGAACAAAUUGCAAUUAGUGUGUUUGCUUUGAUUUGUUGGCUAGUUUUGUCUAUAUUGUUGAAUGAAAUUACGGUACUAUCAUAAUUUUUGAAACUGGAUUAUCAUUUAGUUUGUCCAGUAACUUGAUAGACAGGUCACACAUGUAUUUUUUAAAAGAAUUGUAAGAUCAUUUUUUUUGCUCUAUAUAAAGAGAACUUUGUGAGGCAAUAUGUUAUUUCUCCAGAACCCAAGUAUCAAAGAUUGCUGACUGUGCCAAUAAUUGUGGUCACUAUUGGGUGAACAGAGGCUGUGUAACAUACAUUAUAGCCACUUCCACUCUAAAUACUAAAUUGUUUAUAUUAUUAUAAACAAUGUCACAUGAUUUGUGCUAAUAAUAAACACCUAACCCUUUUGUGGUUGUUGAUACCUAGUUUGUGUGAAUACAAUUUUUUUAAUUCCAUCUAAUGAAUUGUGUCAAAAUUGAUACAAAGAAUUUUGAUUUGUUUGAAAACGUUUUAUCAAAUAAAAUAAA